ACUUCUCCGAGCGCACCUGAAGGCAACUAAAGUUCGAACAGCAUGGCCGCGGAGUGUUUGACAACAGCAACAGAGCAAUGGAUACGGGACAGAUUACAAUUAAAACAUCCAUGCCUCGGUGAUGUCCGCUCAUUGAGUCUCCCUGGGACUGAUCAGGAGAAGAUCGGACAUUUGGGGAACUCAUUAAAUAACUUUAUCCGUCUGAAGUCUCUGGACCUCUCUUGCAAUGCGCUCGUCUCGGUCGAGGCGGUUCAAAAUUUGAGAGCGCUGGAGAGGCUGAUCCUCUACUUUAACUGCAUUCCUUCCCUUGAAGAGGUAAAGGUGUUGUUCAAGCUGCCUGCUUUGAAAGAGCUGGACCUUAGGCUAAACCCUCUGACCAAAUAUUACCCAAAGUACCGGCCCUAUCUGGUACAUGCCAUGCCCAAUCUGCGCAAACUAGACAGCUGUUCUGUCAGAGACACUGAGCGAAAAGCUGCUAUUAUGCAGUUCUCCUCCGAUACUCUACCUCAGCAGAAGAGCUCUGCUUUGAAUCAGGCUGCUGAGCAAAGAGGUGGUAAUAGAAGAUUGGCUAUGGUCGACCGCCUAGCUAAGAGGCUCUCUCUUGUGACUGACACAAAUGAUGCUGUUUUGAAUUUUGCUGAGAGGUAUCAGAGAGGUCAAAAUGAAACUCAGUCCCUCUCUGCAUCACUUCACAAAGAGGCAUACGAGGAAGAAUCUAAAGAUUUUACAGAACAGAGGAGUUCUACUCCAGUACAGGAAACAGCAAAAUCCAUCCUCCGGUAUCCCCCCAGAAGUUAUGAUGAAACAGAGUCCAAAGUGUCACACGUGAAGGAACAGCCUCAUAAAAAAAGCUUGACCUCAUUAAACGUGACUGAAAGACCAAAGGUGUCCUUUGGCCCGUAUGUCGAGAGACACACAGCGGUGUCUGGAAAACAAAAGCAUAAGGACAAUGGCAAACAAUCCAGACAUGUUGCCCGGGGACAUUUUACCCCAAAUCCUGAUCAAAGUCGCCCUCGUAUUUCUUCAUUUAGUAAUAUCCGGCCCCCCAGCCCACGACAGCCCGGUUUGAAUCUGUCUGAUCCCUCCAAUCCUAUCUUACAUCCCCCAAGGCUGACUUACUCCAGCUUCAACAGGACAGAAGGGGGCUCCAGCCUGCCGCAGCACAGGGAGAAGAAAAAGAGGGGUAGUUAUAGGAAACCCCUGGAGAUGCUCCUCAACCUUGUGGACAAACACUGGGUGGGGGAGAGGUCGCUGCAUCAUAACAACAACUUCCUGUCUCAGGCAGUCCAGAUCCUCUCCAUGAUGGAAAGUGAUAUUUCCAGUCGGGAGGCCGAGGUCAGGACCUUAAGACGGGAAGUUGAUGUGAUGAGCUUUCAGAGGGCUGCGAGAGAGGAAGAGCACAGAACUGAAGUCGGUAACCUCUCUGCUCAGCUGGACAAAACUCAGAGUGCAGUUGGCAAACUAAAUGAGCAGCUGAGGAUCGUGUUGGAGGAAAAUGUUGCACUGCAGAAACAGCUCAUCAAGUUGGAACGGCAAUACCUCAAGUCAAUGAUGAAAAGUUCGCCCAUGACUCAGAUUAAAAAGGCUCAGACUGAAGUAGAGGAGCUGAGGAAAGAGAUCGAGGGGUUGAGGGGGGAAGUGCAGGAAGCGGAGAAAAUCAAGGAAUUGUCCAAUACGCUGCAAGAAAGCCACAGGUCCCUGGUGGCUGCUAAUGAAUGCUUGGGAGCUGAGCUGAAGGGAAGUGGGGAACUAUGAAGGAGUAUUUGAAUAAAAAGAUGCGCACAGGGAUGGAAAUAUCAAAGCGAAACAUUGCCAAGUGUCACACUGGCACUGCGUCUACUUCAUGAUGCCCAGCAGCCAUCGAAUGUUUUUAAUUUUUAAUUUAUGUCUGCAGUUCUUCAUUUGUGCAUAUUAAGUGCUCAGCCCUUGUGUGUUUACAGUAGUGUAUAUUAUCCUGCAAAAAAUAUAUGUCUGCUUUGCUUGAUAUAAACAUUCCCAGGAGAAAAGCAAUUCAUUCAAGAGUCUGUGUAUGAGUGUCAAAGGGCUGUUGUCUUAAUUUAUCAUGAGUGGGGAGUGUUAACAUGAGGGUUCUUUUGUAUAUCCUGGAUACAGUUAUGUCUCUUGCUGUUUUCCCCCCAUUUUUUUUAGGUCACUUGUGUCUCCAUCUGCUUUGUACGCUGUAGUGGAAUGAAUGCAUGUAGACUCCAGCUGCACAGUGACUUUAUUUAUACCUCAGCCUUAGGGCUGGAAAGCCGCAUGCUAGCACACUUUCCCCUCACAAACACUAAUGCAAAGAGCUGGCAAAGCAGGUUAAAGCGUGCAUGCUUCCACUUAAACUGAAUGUAGCUUUUAUUUGUAUGUGACUGUUACAGGUCACCGGCUGGUGCUACUGGACUGAUUCUAAAAAAGACACAAGAAUGUAGAAUUUUGACUGACACCCGUUAACCGACUCACCACAGGUUCUUGGGUGUGUUUAUUUAUUUUCAAUAAUGCACUACAAAUCAUGAGCACACAUUAAGAGGCCUAAAGAACAAGAACAAAACACACUGCAUGCACUGGGGCACAAUAUUACGUUAAGAGUUAUUAAAAAAGAAGAAGAUAUUGUUCCUCCACAUUAAAGGUGCACAGUAUUUGGCAUUAAGCACAGAAAACAGAUCAUACUUGAGCUACUGCAGCAGACAAAAACCAACACAGCUAGUUGAUGCACGAUUCUUCAUCAGCUGAGGCUACAGGUAGUGUGUGACAAGUGUUAAACAAACACUGUCACUAUGCUGGAAAAAUAUUUUACAAAAGUGUUUUUACCUGCUUGCAAAUGUUCCCUUUUUCUCACACUGUAUGUAAGGAUGCAACAGUCCAAACCCGCUUUUGUUUCAGUUGAAUUUGUGCCACGGAUGACAUAUACCACAAAUACUCCAAAUCUUCAUAAACAGACAUGUAUAUUAGCAUUGGAGUGGAGCUGACUUUGUACAUGUACAGGUUCAUACAUAUUGAUUUCAAGCAAUACAAGUUUUAAUCAUGAUCCCACAGUUUAGAUUUUUUUUUUAGCAAGACAAUAUUAAAGUCUGUCCAGUAGUCUGUCCUCACAGCAGGCACAGCAGUUCAGAUAAGAUAUGACAAACUCCUGCUGUCAUCUAAGCGCUUCUGAAUCAAAUGCAAUAUACAUAACAUGCACAAAGUACAGCAAUACAGAAAAAAAUACGAAGCCAGUGUCAUAAAUUAAGCCAACUUUUUUAGAAUAUACACCAUCUUACCACAAAUAUAUUAGAGCUACUGUAUAGAAAUCUGAUGAGGAAAUAUAAGUCAAAUGUUAAAAAUACAAUCUUGUAUAACUGAGCUCAUCUACUUGGGUUAGAGCUUCCCUUUUCAGUUGAAUUCACCAAUGCCAAAUUUCAAAUACAUGUUACUAAAUAGUUUGUAUGCAAGUAGACUUGAAAGGAUAUGAAUAACAACAGCCUAGGAGAAAAUGAGGAAUUCCUGUUGCCUUUUUUUGUUUUUUAAAGUGUUGCAAGUAGACCUAUUGAAAAGGUUUACAGAAGGGCUUCUGUUUUUUCUGUUUAACAUAUUCACAGGAGUAAGAGGAAAUGGUAUAGGUUAAACAUGUUCAGUCCAACAGGGAACCACAUUGUAUUUCUGCAAAAACCACAAAAAAAAUGAGAUAACACUUCAUAUUUUUCUUUGACUGUACUGAAGGCAAAUAAUUCAAAUGACAGAGACUGUAAAAUAAUAAGAAUAAAGAGUAGAUUUUGGUUAACAUAUUGAAUUAAAAAAAAAAAAAAAGUCAU